AUGUCAUCAGAGCCGUCAGAGCCAUCACAUUGGACAGAGCAUAAAGCAACGAAUGGGAAAGUGUAUUGGCAUAAUAGAGUGACAAAGGCUAGUAGUUGGGUUAAGCCAACUGAGCUCAAGACUAGAUUUGAUCACGCUGUGGAUUCUUCUGAGUGGGGAUUAAAUACAGUUAAUGAUAAAACAUACUGGUAUAAUAAAUCUACAAAGCAAUCAACUUGGAAUAUUCCAGAUGAAUUGCGUCAAUUAAAGGACGCCAUCGAUGCAGAAGAGAAGGCAGCUGCUGAUCGAAUUGCUGCCGAGAGAGAAGCAGAAGAGAAGCGUAUCGAUGAGGAGAAUAAGGCUGCUGAAGAUGAGAGGAAGCGAGAAGAGUUGAAAGCGAGUGCGCAAUCACCCAUGCUUCAAAUUGGUGCUGGUUCAGGUGCAGGUGCAAGUGUAAGUGCAACAGGUACACCAACCUUAGAAGGUUCAGGAACACCACUAGCUAUCGGCGCAGGUCCUGGUUCAGUAACCCCCGGUUUACCCUCCGAAGUUACACCAUACGAAGCCAAGUUGGCGUUAAUGGAUCUCUUCAAAAAGAAACAGGUCGCUCCAGAUUGGACUUGGGAAGCUACUAUGAGAGAGCUCAUUACAAGUCCUGCUUGGAAACUCGAACCAUCACUCUCAAUGAAGAAAGACUAUUUCGCAGAAUAUAUUCGCACUGUUUCUGAAGAAGAGCGCGCUGAAAAGUCACGCAGAAUGGAUAAAUUACGUCCACAGUUCAGAGACAUGCUCGCGCGGAGUGGUAGAGUACACCCUUAUACAAAAUGGAGCACAUUACGCGCUGUUAUCUCAACAGAUCCCAAAUUAACCAAAGAGCGUAGCUGGCAGAAUUGCAGAGACGACGUCGAGCGCAAGAUGCUGUUCGAUGAGUAUCUCAAACAUAUCCAGAGACAAGAAGAGGAAGAAGAGGUGAAGAUGAAACAGAGGAAUUUAAACAAGAUGAGGAAGUAUAUUGAUACAACUGCAAUCUCGAUGGACACAAAGUGGGCUGAAUUCAAAAGCGAUUUGAAGUCGUCGAGAGAGUGGCGGAAUGAUAGCGAGUUGCAGCGUAUUGAUAUGGUCGAUGUCCUCAACAUGUACGAGGACAGUUUGAUAGCUGCCGAGAAAGCUUGGCAAGAGCGCAAGAAGAAGAUGAAAACUGAGAGGAAGCGCGAUCAACGAAGAAAGAGGGAGGCGUUUGUUACACUUCUCAAAGAUCUCGUAAACUCAGGCAAGAUCAACAUACACACGAAAUGGAAAGACAUUAUCGACGACAUCAAAGAUGAUCCGCGUCUCUUCCAAAUCGCCGGUAACUCAGGCUCGACUGCGCUUGAGUUAUUUUGGGACACGGUCGAUGAAUUCCAAGUACGUGCUGAACAAGUAGCGCAAAGAGUUGAGGAAGCGCUGUUACAAAAGAAUGUGAAAUUUAAUGAGGAGGUCGAUUACGAUCACUUUGCGUCACUACUCGAGCAGCACGGAGUGAAUGUGAGUGUAGAGUGGGAUGAAUGGUCCGUUGCGGAUAUACACCGAGUGAUAAAUCAGCAAUAUGCAGCACAGAAGUUAGAGGCGACGCAGCAAGCCGAACGCAAGCGUCGAAUAAUGAUUGAUGACAUGCGCAGUGCGAUGCGCUACUUGGAUCCACCACUGGAUGCUGAUGACGCCUUCAUUGAUGUCCUCCCACGUCUCAAGGAGCUGCCUGAAGGGAGACACCUCCAGGAUGACACAGAGGCAUUCCAGACAGCUUUCGAACGUUUUAUGAAACGCCUCAAAGAUAGAGAGCGUGACAGGGCUGAUUCCAGAAGGCGAGAGAGGAGAGAUAGCACAUCGCUUAAAGAUAAGGAGAGAGAAAAGGAAAGGGAUGAGAGGAGGGCUGAGAGACGCAGAUCUAAGAGUCCGCAUCCAGACGAAAGGGAGAUAAAGAAAGCUCGUACUGAUGAUAGUGUCGAAGAGGGUGAGAUGGAAUCGUAA